AUGUUUUCCCCCCAAACGAACCAUUCCCCACUUCACCUAACCGAUUUACCCCUGUGGAAUUUCCACGAACCGGACAAUUCUACCCCCGAACCGGACCCAGAAAGACCCAAACCCGCACGCCCUCGUCUCUCCGUAGACGAGCGGAGACUUAGACGCAAAAUCUCAAACCGCGAGUCGGCCCGACGCUUGCGGGCCCGGAAACUGAAGCACCUGUCGGACCUCCGGACUCAGGUGGACCGGCUCACGCUCGAGAAGCGGGAGUCGACGGACCUGUUACAGCUGGCGGUGUGUAAACACGAGCUUGUCCGCCGCGAAAAUGAGCGCCUCGAGUCGGAAGCCGCCGCUCUCCAGCAGAGGCUAUGGGAAGUGGCCGGAAUCUUGAAACUCCGGCAGAAAUUGAACCCAUUACAGUUUGCUGCAUGGACAUGCAGUGAUGAUAAUGAUAGUUUUGGGUAUCAAGUGGGGAAUGGAAAGACCAUUUCAAUCUGGAACUCCCCAUGGAUUCCUGAUGUUCCUGGUUUCAUUCCAUACUGUUGCUUUGCUGCUGAUAAGGAGAAUUUGCAUCUUGUCUCUGAUCUUAUGACUGCAUGUGGCACACAGUGGGAUGAGGAGCUCAUUCUUCAGACUUUCAGACCAUUGGAUGCAAUUAGCGGAUAUGGCCUCAAGGAUAAGCUUGUUUGA